GCCCUCCGUUGGCCCAGCGAAGCGCUCCUUCCCGGACUGUCCUGUGCCUUGUGCUCUCGCCUGGGCCAUCGCCCUCCCCCAAGCCCUCUAGCUGAGGGAGCAUGAGCCAUUUGCAGAACUUACUGUUAGAUACCCUCCUGGGAACAAAGCAUGUGGACAGUGCAGCCCUCAUCAAACUCCAAGAACGAAGCUUGUGUGUAGCAUCACCAGGAUUUAGUAUAAUGCCUGGUGAUGUCCGAACACUUGUGAAUGGAUUCGCCAAGAACCCUUUGCAAACCAGAAGAGAAGGAUUGUAUUUCAAGGAAAAGGACUACAAAUGUAUCCGGGCAGAUGACUAUUCUCUUUAUGCUAAGAAUGAAAACACUGGUGUGGUUGUUGUGAAGACCCAUCUGUAUCUUCUGGUGGCAACUUACACUGAAGGCAUGUAUCCUAGUGUUUGUGUGGAAGCCACAGAGAAGCUGGGAGAAUAUCUAAGAGGAAAAGGAAAUUAAGUCAUCAGAGGACUAUGAAAGACAGCUUUUAUUAUUUUAGGAAAUAGAUCCUAAAGAAAAAGUCAUGCCUUAUUUUGUGGUUGAAAACACUAGGAAGAUGAUACUAAAAAGGAAGAAUGAGUUAAGGGAGCAAUUUUUCUUAUUUCAGGAGAUCCUCUUCUUUAAUUGGAAUUCUUUGAUGAGCUUUGCUUGGUUUUUUUAAAUGUUGGUCAUUGACAUGAGUGUGACCAACCUGAUCACUGCCCAGGGCAUAUCUGUUCAGAGACUCUUCCAUGAGUGUCUUGCACUCCCAUGCAUCUUGCUGGGUAUGCCAAGAAUGCAAGGGUCUAACAACUCUUCAUCCAGACCAUUUCCCAGGGUGAUUUUGCAGAAAGCAACCUUGAACAACGUAGUAAUGCCUCCCUUCAGAACAAAGAACAAACUCUCUUACUGCUUGCUAUAAAAGAGGUAAGUUCCCUGAACUCAGAGCUGUAAUGCAGCUCACUACAUGUGUGACAUCCCUCUGGUCCACAUCACCUCUGUAGGACUUGGGGAGAAGGGCAACACAAAGGCCACACUUGGGGCCACUAGUCAAGGUAUUUAAUGGACAUUCCACACUCCCCACCAUCUGCAGACAUCUGAUUUGUUGAACAUUGGGAAGACCUUUCAAAAGUCAACUCAAAAGAAUUUUUUAAGAAUCAACUCAAAAAGAUUUUUUACUUUAUCUCCUUGACUUCCUCCUAGUCCACACAACUUAGUAUGGUUAAUGAAUGCAACCUUCUCCAGAAAAGGUCAUCUCCUCUUGGUCACCUCCUGGGUGAUGAUCAGGACAAUAAGGGUGGGGAGCUAUAGAACCUAUUUUGAAAAUUCAGGAUUCCACCCUAAUCAUUUCUGGGCAUGAUACAUCUUUCUUUCCCUUAGCGGCAACUCCAGGCCAACCUGGUUGGUACACUCUCAGGUGUCCCUGAGAAGGGAACACUUUACACCACUGUCAUCAAGUCUUAGACCUCUUGCAGUUCUUGGCAUUAUCAAGCAGCAAGGUAUAAUUUUCUGGAUUCCAAAAACAUGCUAUCUGGGGCUUUCCAUGUAGAUCUGCCUAUAGAUUUUGACGUCAGUCCUCAUGCAAAUGGUUUCUCCUUGUAAAUCAGCACAUUGACAUCUAGACUUUAUAACUUAGUCAUGUGGAUUAUAUACUCACUCUCCACAUGCUGUCACGCUGGUGUUUUGAGCCUCUAAGGCAGAAGGUCUGACUCUAAAGUAAUCUCUAAAGUGCUAAAGGCCAUCAUGAAGCCUCUUACCUGCUCACCAGCUGGUCAGCCAGCCUUUCCUGGACACAUACCCACUGCACUGCUGGGAGCCUCAUGGGGCCCUUUUUGUAAACCUCCUCAAGGCAAAUGCCCCACUGUCUGGAGCCCUCCUAUGCACAUCUGUCCAGUUACUUCCUAUAAUUCUCAUCACAAAGUUCCAACUAUAUCCAGCUAUUCAGAGAGACCCACAAAAGUGACCCUUUGGUGGUAGCCACAGAAUUCCUGCGGAGGUGCCCAGGGACCAGAUGAUCUUCUGAAACAUCAGGGGUCUCCAAGUGAGGGAGAUCUGUGUCCUGGUGGUCCACAAAGACUUUAGAUGGGGCACACAGGCGCGAAUGGAUUGAAGUGAUUGAUUUUUCCCCAGACCUUCAAUUUCCAUAUGUACUUGCCUAAAGCUGCUGAGACUGAGGAGUCCUGUCAGCUUUGCUUCCCACCUCCCCUCCCCAAGCUCCCUUCCCCCAGGAUACAAAAGAAAGGUGUACUCUCAUCCAGCCCCAAUCUUACUGCUGAUGCUUGGCUUGGAGUGCAAAACCUGCAGUGUGUGAGGGAAAGGAAAACUCUAAAUAUUUUUUAAUGUUUUAAAAUCCAUCCUCUGUUGUCAAAAAUUACAUCAUAUGUGAAGGAGAGAUCCAUGAGAAUAAAGUAAAAAGAGCAUUAGUGAGAAAUAGUGAAAAUCUUUAUAUCAUUUGUCUUGGAGAGGAAGGUUCUAUGUCUUAUCUAUCUAUAUUUCUUAAAAUUCAGAAGCAAGAUGAUUGUC